AUGCGCUCAGUUUUGUCUCUUGCGCUGCUUGCAGCCAAUGUGGUCACUGCUGCUGUAGUUUCCCCCUUUGAUUACUCUGGAUACAAGGUCAUCCGUGUCCCUACCCAGAAGGACAAUGUCAAAGAGGUGCAAAGGGUCAUUACCGACCUGAACCUUGACACCUGGAAAUAUCCUAAGUCAGAGGGUCAGAAUGCGGAUAUCGUGGUUCCACCAAGCCAGAUCUCCUCCUUCAUGGAGCGUAUUUCUGGAAUGAACAUCGAGAUGAUGCAUGAGGAUCUCGGAUUGUCUAUCAGAAACGAGACUUCCUUUGAGGCAUACAGCGCCGGCUAUGCUCCCGACAUCAACUGGUUCAAGUCUUACCAUAGCUACCAGGAUCAUCUUUCCUACCUGCAAGAUCUUCAGGGUCUUUUCCGCACUCGUUCUGAGUACGUUGAUGCCGGAAAGAGUCACGAGGGCCGCACCAUUCCAGCCCUUCACAUUUGGGGCAGCGGCGGAAAGAACUCCAAGCCCGCUAUUAUCUUCCAUGGAACCAUUCAUGCACGCGAAUGGAUCACUACGAUGGUCACCGAAUACAUGGCUUGGUCUUUCCUUUCCCAAUACAACAAGAACGCUGACAUUACCUCCAUUGUUGAUAAUUUCGAUAUCUGGAUCUUCCCAAUUGUUAACCCAGAUGGAUUUGCUUUCACUCAAACCAGCAACCGCUUGUGGCGCAAGAACCGUCAGCCAAACCCCAAUGCUAGAUGCCCUGGACGUGAUCUCAACCGCAAUUACCCAUACCAGUGGGUUGGGCCUGGAUCUUCUUCCAACCCUUGCUCUGAUACUUACAGAGGUGCCCAACCUGGUGAUGGAACCGAGAUCAAGGUUCACAUCGCCAACAUGAAGAAGAUUGCGGCUAACAAGGGUAUCGCUAUGUUCGUUGACUGGCACUCGUACGGCCAGCUCUUCAUGUCACCAUAUGGAUACUCUUGUACUGCUCGCCCACCAACCGAUGCUCGACACCAGGAACUGUCCAGGAUCUUUGCCCAGGCAUUGAAGGCGGUGCAUGGAACUCCAUACAAGACCGGACCCAUCUGCAACACCAUCUACCAAGUUAAUGGAGACAGUGUUGACUAUGCUCUCGAAGUUCUCAAGGUGAAGCUGUCUUUGACCGCUGAGCUCCGUGACACUGGCGCCCGCGGAUUCGUUCUCCCCGCUGACCAGAUCAUUCCAAGCGGUGAGGAAACCCUUGCUGGUACUGUUGCCAUGCUCAAGGCUGUGAUUCAGGGAUAG